UAUCUUUUUUUCCUCCUUCCUCUGAGCCAAUGCAUGCUUUCUUUAAUGUGAAAUGAGGAUGUCUAUUUAGUUGACUCCUUGUUUUUGUUGAAUGUGCUGAUAGAUAUAUUGGACUGGUGGGGUGAACUAGAUCAAUGGAGUGCGUGGUUCAAGGAAUUAUAAAAACACAGCAUGUUGAAGCUUUGGAGAUUCUACUUCAGGGCCUUUGUGGGGUUCCCAAAGAAUCACUUAGGAUCCAUGAGUUGUGCCUAAAAAGUGCACCAGUUCUUGGAGUGGUAGCCUCAGAGGUUCGACUCUUGUGUGAUCUGGAGCAGCCUGAGCCCACUUGGACUGUUCGACAUGUUGGGGGAGCCAUGAGAGGUGCUGGUGCUGAGCAAAUUUCUGUCCUGGUGAGGACUGUGGUGGAAAGCAAAGCAAGCAAGAAUGUGUUGCGCCUUUUUUAUGCACUUGGUUACAAAUUGGACCAUGAGCUCCUAAGGGUGGGAUUCGCCUUCCAUUUCCAAAGGGUUGCAAGGAUAACUGUUACUGUUACUUCAGUUGAUAAGAUGCCAAAGCUAUAUGCAAUUGACGAUGCUGUGCCUGUGAUGCCCGGUAUCCAACUAGUUGAAGUGACAGCCCCUGCAUCUUCUGAAAACUACACCGAAGUUGUUGCUGCAAUUUCAUCUUUUUGUGAAUAUCUUGCACCGCUCCUACACUUGUCAAAACCAGGUGUAGCAACAGGGGUUGUUCCUACUGCUGUUGCUGCCGCUGCGUCUCUCAUGUCAAGUGGUGGGGGUAAAAGCUUUUAGUGCUGUCUUUUAUCCAGAAGAUGGAUCUUCAGCUCUGGUUCUUCACUACUUGAUCCAUCCAUUAGUAUUUGUCUUAAUGGGUGAUUCAACAAUAGGCGCAUUAGGUUCUGAUCAUUGAAGUCGUCAAUAUUUUCUUUUAUCCAUCACUAGGAUACAUUUAACCUAACUUUCAAGGUGGUGAUGCGUUGCAGCUAUACAAACUUCCAUCAAGAGGCAUUGUAGGAAAUGUUCAGAAUA